AUGAUUUCCAACAUCAACACAUUCUCGUGCUUCGCCCUUUCGUCGCUUGUAUUAGCGCACUUCGGCGAAGCUGUCGCAAUACCGCGAUUUGGAAAAAUAGAUGGAAAAGUUAGAAGAGAUAUAUCGGAAGUAGUGCAAAGGUCAUCAAUUGCGCCGAGACAAGUUGCAAGUGCGAGAGGACUUGUGCAACCAAUCUGGCUGAGUGACGACGGAUUGCGUUAUUAUACAAAUAUUUCCUUUGGGACACCGCCGCAGCCUUUAACUCUUGCCCUGAGUCUGGACGGAACGACAUGGGCGCCGACACUACCGGCUGGUGUUAGUGCCGACUCGUACUGUGCGGACACCAAGAAUGAGGUUUCUUGCUCGUAUGCAAGGAUAUCUGGAUUCUAUACAAUUCCUGGAUCGGUUACAUAUUCUCCGCGGGGCGAUUAUCAAGAAUUGGAAGUCGAUAGCCAGGAUACGGUCAAUGGUAUACAAGCAACCGAACACAUCCAACUCGGAUCUUCGAUUCUCGCGAACGUCGGUAUCGCGGUUGCGGAUAGUUGGACAUCUGCUCCUCAACUAUCGCUUUCUUCCUUAUCUCCAUCCGGAAGCCCUGGCCAACAAUUAUUACUCGUACUUCAACGAGCUGGCUUUAUUAAUACCCUUACAUACUCUCUCGCUUUCACUAGCGUAGAUAGGAGAGGAAAUAUUGAUUAUGAGUCUGGAGAAUUGAGCUUUGGAGGGAUCGAUGAAACUCAAUUUUCGGGGGAGUUGAGCUCCUUCGAGGGUGGAAACGAUACCGAUGCUGGUGUUCUGCCAGUUAGUAAUAUCUACUGGAUUGAUGGAAAGGGAAGAAAUGUGUCCAUUGUAGAUGAGGACAGUGAUGCCGGGCAUCUCGGCGUGGGUCAGGUGUCGCUUACGCCAUAUCUUUGGAUUCCAGAUGCAAUGUUUGAGAUCAUUGUUAGCCUGUUCCCCGAUGUUGAGAAAUCAAAGGGCUCUGAGGUUUAUACAAGAAAUUGCACUGCCUCACUUGAAGAACUUGACAUCAAGUCACUUCAGUUAUCAAUCGAUAGAACCUUCAUUACAAUCCCAACAAAUCUUCUCUUUUUUCCUGUCAUUGGAAAGAAGGGUCUUUGCAAUCUCGCAGUCAGGCCAAUUUCCGACUACCCCGCCACUACUGCCCCUGCGGAUUAUAUCCUUGGAUUUCCUUUCCUUCGGUCAGCCUACACAGUUUUUGACCAUACCCACCGCCUGACACACUUAGCGCCACGCCGUGUAGCUUUUUCCUCAACAUCAAGUUUGACACCGGUUGGUGAGGGCAAUGCUACGGUAUCCGGCACAGGCGCAUCUCUUCGCACAACAUUCCAAGCAGCUACAACCACCCUUUCCGUUCCGCUCCAACAACUCUCCGAAACUCCAUCAACCGCUACCGCCACCACAACAUCUGCCUCUGCAACACCUACAGAAACCAAGCUUGUCUAUUACUACGAGCCUCCCAAAUCCAAGCCCAACAUCGGCGCAAUUGUGGGUGGAGUAGUUGGAGCUGUUGUCUUCCUAGCAGUUGUGAUCGUCUUUUAUCCUCUUUUGAAAGCCGCCAAUGAUCGUAGAAAACGCCAGUCGAAACGCGAGUCUAGACGUCGUGAGCGAUCUCGCACCUCAAGCGCGAAUGAUUUGAGUCCUGUGGAUAGUAAUCAAAAUGGAGAGGAAAAUGAAAAUGACGAGGACGGUGAUGAAAAGGAGGAUGUUGAUGCUAUCACAACUGCUAUUGCAAUCGCAAAUAGUAAGAGAGAUAUGCCUGCUUCAGAAGAUGGGAACCGAAACAGUAUUGCUGGGGCAAGAGAUAGUGUCACAGUAAACAUCACAGAGAUAGAUGAGGCCUCGAGUAGAGGGGGCAGAAAGAGUAGUGACGCGAAAAGUAUGAAUACUUUCGGUGAAAGUGAGAAGAAUUAG